AUGACUGAUCCCAAACCGAUGUACGAACCAGGUGAAGAUCCAGACUUGGUGAUCAAUCACGAACGAGGACUAAGCCAGCACGGUUCCAUCUGUCAAUUGCGACGUCUACUGGCGAUUACUCGAGCUUCUCGCUCAAUUUUGCGUUUCACUAACGUUUGUCUGAUGAUCGACCCAAUGAUCCUGGCUGAGUCUGAAAGGAGAUGCAGUACGCUAGCUGGAUGA